UACCGCGUUCGACUCGAUAACGACCAGCGUAAAUAACAGUUUGUCUCUAGAGAGUAUGAUAUAAAGUUACUGUUACAUAUAUUUAAAUAUUACGUGUAUAUGUACGGUGUAAACGUGCACGAAUUUCAAUCAGUUCGUAACACAUAAUAUUCACACAGUGAUCUCGAUUAUUUUUGCUCGUACAAUUUCAUUCUACAUUUGACACGAACGAUAUUUUACUAUAAUUUUGUGGAUACUGUUCUCUGCAAAGCAUCGAAAGAUUGCAAUGUAAGUUUGCAAUGUUAUUGAAACGUUUUGUACUGUAUGGGAAUACAAAGCAAUAAUUAUAUUUGCAAAACUAAGUACGGAGAUAUUCACAUGGCAUUAUCAUAUGUUACUUAUUCAGUGAUAGAGGACAAAGGUGGUCCCGACAAAACAACUUCUUCUGUUAGUAUGUAAAAAACAAGAAACGUUUUUUUUGCUGCAUUAAUUUCGUUCUGCCGGCCAUCUUGUAAGUAGAAAAGUAUAUAAAAGCUAUCUGCGUGCAAGUGGAGUGGACAUUGGCAGUAAGUGGAGAGCCGUGUUCGAUUCGAUGACGACCAGCGUAGAUAAAAGUUUAUUUCUACAGAGUAUGAUAUAAAUUUGUUUUUUUGUUUUCUGUCAUACAUACUUAAAUAUUACGUGUACAUGUACGGUGUAAACGUGCACGAAUUUCAAUCAGCACGUAACACGUAAUAUUCACACAGUGAUCUCGAUUAUUUUUGCUCGUACAAUUUCAUUCUCACAUUUGACACAAACGAUAUUUUAAUAUAAUUUUGGGGAUACUGUUCUCUGCAAAGUUUGUGCACUAUGGCAUCGAAAUCUGUAUUACGUGAAAUAAAAACCAAUGAGACUGUGAUCGAUUCCGCACCAAAAAAAGAAUUGCCAAAACCUUACGAAUGGAAUAUUAUAUGGGAAAGCGUUUUUGUUUUUCUGUACAUUCAUGCGAUUUCUUUUUAUGGAUUGCUACAUAUUUUAAGGAUGAGCAAGUGGACGAUUAUGUGGUACUUCGUCAUUUAUGUACUUUCCAUAAUCGGUACUACCGCUGGCUCUCAUAGACUAUGGGCUCAUCGUGCUUACAAAGCAAAAUGGCCACUACGAGUGAUUCUGAUGAUUUUUCAAACUCUUGCUUAUGGACAUCACAUUGUUCAGUGGUCCCAAGAGCACAGACUGCACCACAAAUUUACCGACACCGACGCGGAUCCGUACAACGCACGCAGAGGGUUCUUUUUUUCACACAUGGGUUGGCUUGUAAUAACUAAGCAUCCGGAAGUCACGAGAAAAAUGACUCUUCUCGAUUUCAGCGAUCUCAAACGCGAUUUUGUUGUGGCUUUUCAGGAAAAAUAUUAUUUUUAUUUAAUGACGGUGUUUUUUAUCGUGCCGGUAAUGGUGCCCUGGUUGAUGUGGAACGAAUCUCUAUGGUAUUCAUUUGUCGGAAAUGUCACCAGAUAUUGCAUCACUCUCCAUGGUACUUGGUUGGUGAACUCGGUGGCUCACAUGUGGGGAAUGAAACCAUAUGACAAAUCUAUCACUCCUGUUGAAAACGCGAUUAUCGCUUUUGUGACUACCGGCGAAGGUUGGCACAAUUAUCACCACGUCUUUCCUUGGGAUUAUAAAGCAUCGGAGCUUGGAAAUUACUCGAUGAAUAUUACUACAGCUUUUAUUGACUUCUUCGCCCUUAUAGGGUGGGCUUAUGACCUGAAAAUCGCAUCUCCCGACAUGGUGAAAAACCGUAUUCUUCGAAAUAACAAAGACACUAAUGAUACCAAAAACAGCAACUGUUUCGAAUAAGACAUUAAAUAUAUUAAAUAUAUGAGUUCGAAAGAAUCUAUCUUGGUAUAUGUACAUGGGUAUGCAAAAAAAUAUGUAUAAUUAAAAUAAUAAAUCUAAAAUUUUAUGGUAUGGGAUAAAAAAAUCUUACAUAAUUUGUAAAUGAUUUCUGAAUUCUUGUUUACUCUAAAAUAACAUUGAAAAAUAUGAUGUUCCCAUAGCAAAAGCAAACUAUUUCUAGAUGUGAAGUGUGUAAUAAAUCAGUGAAGAAUUUACGUUUUUAAAUACUAGGGACAUAGUAAAACACUGUAAUAAAAACAGUUCUUUGUUUUUCAAUACGCAAAUACCUACGCAUUGUUUCUGAAACUUAUUCCAAGUUGAAUCUCGUAUAGAUGAGUGCGAUAUGAUACUUGUAAAAUGUGAACCUAGUUUAUUUGAUGUAUCGAAGGAGAGUAACAAGUUUAAGUACUGAUGUAUCACGGUGAUUCAAAAACUACGUGCCACUUUCUUCGUGCAAAUUCAUUACUUCUGUCGAAAUCGUGACUGUCGCUGUUCUGACUUGCGGCAAAGCCUGCCACAAAUUAUCAUCGUGUCUUUUCGUAGGACUAUAUGGCGACGAAGCUUUGACAUUAUGCAAUAAAUAGUAUUACAGCUUUUUAUCAACUUCUCCACAUUUUAGGAUGAACUUUUUAGAACAUAAAAACUUUCAACAUUGUGAAAAAACGCGACUUUGUUGUGCGUGAACUUGGCGCGAGGCACUACCGUGUUUCUUGAUAUUCACGUUAUGAAGAACUUAAUUUGGUUCUCUCACGCGAUUCAGAGGAAGGCCGUUAUACGCGAAGGACGCUUCCCACGUUAUAUCGCGGCAGAUGUGCGAUACCGUUUGUUUAUUUUGUACAGACGUUUGCAAUCGUAAAUAUAUAUAUACGGUAAAAAUAUUGCCAACAUGUACGGAUCAGUUAUGAUCCCAUCAGCAGACGAUUGUUUUGUAAUUUGCACUAAAUUUUCUGACUAUUUUCUCGCUAUUCCGUUAGGUGAGAAAUUUUUACAAUACCGUUUUUUACGUACGGUAAAUGCUACGGUUUCAUAUGUGAUACUACUAAACAAAAAUAAAUGACAAUUUCCAUUCCA